UGACAGCGCCAGUGUCACCGUUCAUAAUCAUAUUACUACGGUGUGAUGAGAAUAACGCCCACCUCCAAUAAUGGGGAUGAAGAGGGACGAUGGUCCGAGGCCCGAAUGGAGGCGUAGAAAACGCCGAAGGAGACGUGUCAAUGAUUUACUAUUCCACCAUUCUAUUUGGCUAACAAUCCUUGGAAUUUGUUUACCAAUGGUAUCGAGCCACUGUGAUCUUGCUGAAUUAACAUGUCGCGAUGGUAGAUGCGUACCGCAGGAUGCAUACUGCAAUGGCCACGAUGAUUGCGGCGAUGGGAGUGACGAGCCGGCACUCUGCACCCCAUGCAAUCGUACUUAUCAUGGUCGCGAGGGCAGAACUUACGAGUUAGAAUUGCCACGUCCAACCGAGGGACGUUUACCGUUUUUAUGCCACUUGACAUUUACCGCUGGUGGAUCAAGUCACGGUGAACUCGUGCAACUCUUCUGGGAUGCCUUCAGCAUUGGCAGACUCGAAACAACAAACGGCAACGGCGACGACGACGACGACGAGCCUGUGUACGCAAGUUGCCCUGAGGGUUCACUCCAGCUCUCGGAUCUCGGUCGUCCCUUCACCGGUGGCUCAUGGUGUGGUGCCAGUGAAGGACGUGCCACAUACUACAGUGAAACAAGCACAGUAACAGCAUCAAUAAGACUCUUUCAUGCGCCCUCAUCAGUGCCCUUUGAAUUUCGCUUGAGGUAUCGUUUUUUAUCACGUAAUGAGGCUGUCGCUAGACUUGGACCACCUGGAUUAACAAUUGAACGUGGCUCACCAGUACCCAGCACAUAUUGUUCACGUAAUUUCUAUGAAUGCCACAAGAAACAGUGCCGCGUGCAGAGUCCAAAUUAUCCGGGCGAGUAUCCGAGAAAUGCCAGUUGUAUCAUUACAGUGAGGCAAAAAUUCGUACCUACCUGCAAGCACGCGAUGAUAUCGGUUAAGGCUGGCAGUGGUAUGGGUAAUAUUGCCACUGGUGCACCAAUACUACCCGGCUUUGUGGGCUCCUCAUCCUCAUUAAUCAAUGGGACUGCUAAUUCAUCAGUGGUUGUGGAGAACAAUGGCCACACCAAUGGACAAAAUCAUACGAAUAAAUUGAGUGUCUGGCACGACUGCCCACCUGAGAAGGAUCGUUUAGUUUUUAGAGAUGGGCCACGAUUGGAGGACUCUAUACUAUUGGUUUACUGUGGUGGACCACUUCCGAGGAUAACCGCGCGCGGCCCGGCUAUGUUGAUUGAAUUCCGCUCAUCACCCCUGCCAAUUCCACUGGGCUCAUCACCGUUAAGACUGGAAUUGGAGAUACCAGUUGUUUACGUUGAUUCAGAUGGCUUGGAUUAUGCAAGAGGCGAUCAGGGAUGUCAUUUUUACGUUAACGAUACGGCAAAGAGAAGCGGUAUACUUCGUGCACCUCAGCACACAUUACCACUGGGCUCAGUGUGUACUUGGAAUCUCAGGGGCUCAGUAGGUGACCGUGUGUGGCUGUAUUUUUCAUCCUACUCCCAGAGGGAUUUAACUGGUGGUAGUAGUAUAGACAAUGCAUCCACAUUACGGGAGAGUGAAAUUGGUGCACCCCAGUGCUCCGUAAAAAUGACACUGUGGGAUGGCCCAGCAAAUACUGGUACAUUCAUUACGAGCUUGUGCGAUGAUACACCGAGAUUGUGUGCACACGCUGCCUUGAGAAAUUUGACGAGAUCCACGAGGCCCUGUACACCGGUGGAGAGUUAUUUGACUGCAUCGCCGACACUCACGAUACGUGCAGAGAUGUUGCUCGGUACAUCGCUGAGAAAUGUCAAUUUUCAAGCGAGAUAUGAAUUCAUUUCAACCCUUCAGGGUGGAGAACAGUGGGGCGACGGUGUUUGCAGUAGAAUCUGGAGGAGAGUGAGAAGUGGCGAGAUUACAUCACCCAGGGAUGUCCGUUUAUUUGGUCGAGGUGGGGUGAAAAAUUUAUCCUGUGCCUAUAGAAUCGAGGCCGGACCGGGGGAACGUGUACGUUUAACAAUUCACAAUGUGUCACUUGGUGAUUUAACGAGCUGCAUCAGCGAGCCUGAUCCUCACUCUGGCCGACCCAGAUGUCUUACCGAAACCAACUCUCGAGAAGCAAAGUUGACCCUCUUCGAGGUACCGUGGAGGGAUGCUAAACUACAGCGUGCAUGCCUCUGUGAUAAUACAUCACAUCUACCUUUGACACAUAUAUCUUCGGGUAAAGCACUUGAGAUUACUUUUGUCGUUAAUCAGCAAGCACCGCACGAGGACUUUGAGACACUAUUCUUUUAUGCGAGUUUUGAACUCAUCCGUGUGCCUGAGUGCCCGAGGAAACAACGGCUGAGGGGUGAAGGUGGUGAAUUGAGAUUCGUGGUGCCUCCACUGUCUCGGCCAGACAUUUAUUGCGAGGGUAUGCCGUGGCUGGUGGAAGCCAGAGACAAUCGUUCACUUUUCGUGCUCACUUGGGGUUGGUUUUUACCCCUCGAGCCACCACCGACACUGUCACCGCCGAUAUCAACGACAUUGUCCUCUUUUUCCCAACAUCAACAGCCAUCAGAGACGUCUGAAACAACACCAAAGUGUCCAACGGCAAAUAGAAUUCUCCUUUACUCCGGUUGGCCGGCUAAAUUACUCAAGGUUGUUUGUCCAGCAGAACCUGGUGCACGUGAUUACACGGUACACGUAUUCUCCGAGGAGUGGCUGCUGACAGCUGGUAAUUCUGAUGAGAGAUGGCUGUCACCGGCACGUCCAGCUGCACUUCUCAUUGAUUUUGUUGCCAGAGAGCCAGGACAAGCGGCAGCAUCGUGGCUUGAGAUAUCAAAGACACGUUCGGCCCUUCGUAGACAGUUACGUCUUCCAGGACGUGUCAGUGAGAAUGACACCAUUGGUACGGGCGAUUGCCUGCAUACGUGUCCCGAGAUUGGAGCUUGUAUUGCCCCCAGUCUCUGGUGCGAUGGUAGAAUUCAUUGCCCCUCGGGAUAUGACGAGGCGAAUUGUGGCAGUGGUGCUAGAUUACUCGGUCUUCUACCCCCUGGCAUGUGGCUCGUUGUAGCUGCUGGUGCCGGUAUACUCACUGCCUUCGCAUGUCUUCUCAGUAUCCUUAUGUGCAAAUCAAAGGCCCGCGCUAAAAGGCUCUACAAUGACGAGAGUCUCAGGAGAUCGGGGGCUACACCGCGAAGAGCACCAACUGAGGAAUCAUUACUCGGCUCGUCCUGACAAACGCCUCCCGGCUUCGUGGAGUACAUUCACGUUGACCGGGAGACCACUGUUUAGCUUUGGACUUCACACAUAACACACGUUCAUUCUCGUGCUACUGCUGCUGCUGCUGGUUUCACCGUCCACUAAUUUAAACUCCAUCGUACUUUGUCGUAAUUAAUUCAAGGCAAAUGAGGGAAGCAAAGGAGAAACGAAAGAGGGGGGGGGGGACAACAUUUGCAUUCUUUAACGAGUGCCAUUGACAUACGUACACGAAUUCUUAAUGAGAGUUGCUGAUUUUUUUUUCAUCCUCGAGUUGUUUUUUCAUUCAUUGCCUUUUUUUCGCCCCACGAACUUCGG